CAAGAUCAUGGCUUUCAAUCUGGGGCUUCCCAGUUUCCCGUGCAAUGGCAUCGAACCUUCAUCUGAGAUUGACUCGAAAUUGGAUCGAAUGUCGUUCGCUCAACUUUCUCAACUUUUAAACGAUUCUGAAAAGAUUAAGAAGUUGGCUGAGGAAACACCCGAGGCAUGUUUGUCCAGUACACUUACUUUUCGUGCAUGCUCAGGUCGUGCGACUAAUCGUUCUUAAGGAAGCAGGGAUGGAAGAGAACAAAAAGUUGGCCGAAGCCAACCAGUCACUUGAAACCAGUUUUCUGUUCCAGCGAACGGAGCUGGGCAAUGCCUACUCGGAAGUCCUCAAAGCCAAAUCACGAUACCAAGAACUUAGGAGUAAAAUAGAUGCUGUCAAAGCAAAAUAUGCCCCUGAUACAAUUUGGGCCCUCAUGAUGACGAAAAAAUGUGAAACAGAGGAACAGUCCAAGGUAGUUGGUUCAACUUUCUACCUCACCUCCCCGCUUUUAGAAUCUGACGCGUGAAUUCAUGGAUGCCAAAAUUGAUAUGGAUACUUUUUUGGAAAAAUACAUUCCGCUUCGAGAAUUGUACAACGAACGAACUUUCAAAGUGGAAAAACUGGCACAGAAAAUUACUCGAAACUUACCAGUAUCUUCAUCCAGGCCCCAGUUGUCCAGACCUCCUGGUGGUUUAUCGGAUCCGGCAGGCUUUUCCGGAGCCGCUUAUCCCAAGUUUUGAUUACUCCUCAUGUAUUUUUGUUCUUCCUCUGUAGGCUGUCUGCACGACGGCUGGAUGAAUAAACUAAGCGCAAUUCUAACUUGAUACUUGUUGGGUCUGCUCUAGAAGCCAAUGUUUUUUGCUCCUCUUANUGUUCUUCCUCUGUAGGCUGUCUGCACGACGGCUGGAUGAAUAAACUAAGCGCAAUUCUAACUUGAUACUUGUUGGGUCUGCUCUAGAAGCCAAUGUUUUUUGCUCCUCUUACCACUCUCUUUCCCUCGAGCUCCCCCUCUUACGCCGUCUGUGAUGAACUGGACGUUAUAUUGCUGCACAGAACAAGUGUAAUCCGCACAAUGCCGAAAUCACUUCGUUUUUUAAUCCGUAUUCUCUCGUCCUGGACAUAACUUUUUUUGGCGAGCUAAGGAAUUUUUGCCAUUUUGCUAUGGCCAAACUAUUGUGGGGUCAAGUCGUCUUACCUUUCUGAAUUUUUCUCUCUGAAUAGCCUACAUUGAAUCGGUGUUUGUAGAAUGCUGUAGAGACUUGCUGGCCCUUGGAGCAUUUGUAAAUAAUUUAGGAUAGUGAACACAAAUUAUUUCACUUACUGUAAACUUCUUCUGUGAAUACCACCCAUUUUAGAAUGUUCGG